AACCUCACAUCGAACCACCAUCAUAUAUCCUUCGACAUGGCUUCACCUCGCGGUCGAUCGGCCUCCCCCAAACCACUCAGAACCGAAAACUUGAGCUCGAAGACUGACGUUCAAGAUCCACCCAAUGGACUCAAGAAAUCCAAAGCUAGUCCACGCUCAAGGUCCCCAUCUGGCUCCAGACGAAGCAGUCGUGCAGCUAGUGUCAAAUCCCGACGUUCCGAUUCGCGCUCCAUGAGUCUAUCGCGAUCCAGCUCAGACAGUCGUUCCCGAUCACGGUCAUACUCCAGCUCUCGCUCCCGAUCCCCCCGCCGAAAACGUGGCAGAUCUUACUCCGGCCCCGGAUCUCGUUCUCGCUCUCGCUCUCGUUCGCGUUCUGCAUCAUACUCUUCUUACUCCUCAAGGAGCGAUUCUCGAGAUUCGGCUGAACGCACCGGUAGUGGAUCUAAAGUCAUCGAAGUAUCUAAACUUACAAAAAACGUCACCGCCGAACAUGUUCGAGAAAUCUUUAAGGUAUAUGGUACUAUCAGAGAGGUCGAUUUGCCAAUUGUCAGACGAAUCGGAUCACAUCGUGGUACGGCUAUUGUGACAUAUGAUACCGACAAAGCAGCACAGAAAGCUGUCAGCCACAUGAAUCGAGGCCAACUGGAUGGCUCGCUCAUAUCCGUCCAAAUUUAUCGAUCACCCUCUCCUCCACGAGGACCGGCAGCUUUACGCCGUGGUAGCACUACCUAUCGAGGCACUUCCGGCAACGGGAACCGCUACGCCGCCCCUCGCGGCCCCAACAUACCCCGCCGCAAUGCCAGUCCUCCACGUCGAUCAUUUGGGGGGAGAAGUCGCAGCCCUCCUCGACGAAGCUUUGCUGAUAGUCGCACCGCUGGUCGCCCUAACCGAUCACGAACCCCACCUUACCGUCGCAAACGAUCUCUCAGCCGAAGCCCUAGUCGCAGCUCCCGGCGUGGCGUCAGACGACCCAGUCCCCAAUAUGGAGGUCGAAGCUCUCGUAGAAAUCGUUCUUAUUCUAGAAGUGAUUCUUCAAGCUACACCCGAUCUAGUGUUUCUAGAUCACGAAGUCCACGCAAAUAAUCUUGUGCAUUUCCCAGAGGCAAUAUAAUCAAUAAAAUAACAAUAUAUGUGACAAACCUUUGUAAAUCUUCAUCUUUUGCGUUUACUUCUGCACAUUAUACCAGAGAGGUGGUUGCCAUUUCUAUCACGAGCUUUUUCAACAAUCAUGAAUUUGAUCAAAUUCGUGAAACAGACAUGAGCUAAAAAGUCAUUGUUAGCUUGAUGUUGGAUGUGGGAUAUGACAACAUAUCACCUAGUGAGGUCUCUUGGUGAACGUCUUCAAUAUCAGUUGUUUGAAG